AGCAUAAUAUAAGCCCAGUUAGUAAAAGGCCCAUUACUGUCGGAACACAAAUACAAAUACUCUCGCUCGCUCCUCCAUCGUCGCUCUCGCUCUCGCUCUCAUAUUUAUUUACAGGCGGUUAGGUCGCAUCCGAGGCUACGGUGGUUGUCUCUGAGAAAAAGAAAGAGGAUGACGCAGUUGGGCAGUCGAAGAGUGCCCGGCACUGAGAAAGCAAUGCAAUAUCUUACUCUAGAAGCUGACAAAUUACCUGAAGCCCUCGAGUUCUACGCUAAGGCUUUUCAAGCAAAGUUAAUCGAUGAUGAGUACGAAAACAAAAGUGUUCAACUGAAAAUCCUCAACUCGUAUGUAAUUAUUUCUCCAAUGGGUGCUGGAGAUUGUUUUUUAGAACUACCCACAGACCUCAACACUAUUCAACGUUUUAGACAUGACAAAAGAUUUGCUGAAGUUGAUCUGAAACGCCCUAUAGAAAGCGAAAGUGUAAUGCUUAAAGAUCCUUUUGGUAUCUACUUUCUCCUGGUAGAGAAAAAGAAGAAGAAUGAUCACGGUGGUCUCUUGUACUAUGGGCGUCAUCCUGACCCCAUUGCCUACGAAUUUCCUAAAGAUGUCAGGCCCGAUGAGCUUUGUACUAUUAAGCUCACAGCGCUGUUUGUAACCCGCUAUGGGAUCGCUUUUUUAAAAGCUUUGGAGGAGAAGAUAGUAGCGUCUACUGAAGAAUGGUUUGGGUUUCUGGAGGUAAAUCAUAUCAGGGGUAGUCUUUUCCACGAUUUUUUGGGUGUCUACGCCUCAAUAUUGGAACCUUCUAAAGAGGUGGAUAGAAGUUGCGAUUUUAUGGGCAAGGCACUCGAGUUAUUUUUCCACCUUCUUCAGCUAGAGAAGGUGAAAAUGGGAGUGAGCAAAUCGGUGAUGGAAGUGGACGCUUUUACUGCUGCUGCAGACUACUUAGCCUACAUGGACGUUGUUGGCUACUCGGACGUCAUGCCUCUACCUCAACGUCGUUCCGUGAUGAUAGCGCAGCUAAAGGAGCAAACUCUGAGAAGGCCCAUGUCCGCUCCGCUUCCAUCUUGGUCGUCUACUAUCUUUUGUGUCUCACCCGAGGUGCUUGGAGUUAUUAAGCUCACGGCUAUGUUUGCGGCGCGGUAUGGGAAACGCAUCGGUUGGGAAUUGAUGGAGAAAGUGGGCAAGAGACCGCUUUUUAGUUUUCUGGACCCAAGUGAUGAUUGUGGGUUCACUUGUUAUAACAUGGUUGUUAAGGUCUAUUCCAAAGUGUUGGAGAAUUUCGAACUACUCUAUACCACGGAUAUCGUUCUUGAAAGAUAUUUCCAGUGUCUUCAGUGGGACGAGGAAAAGGAUGAGCUUAAAGAUUUGGAUGAUUUGUAUUCUUUUGUGGAAUGUGUAGACUCUUUUGCUCAGAUGGAGGAUCAAGAUUUUUAUCAUUUUAUGGGGAACCUUCAUCAUCCACAUGUGUACCCUUUUCAUGAUCAGACCUCUCUAGUUCAUAGUCGAGCACAUGUGUUGUGCCCUUUUCAUCAUGAGACUUCUCCAGCAAAUGUUCAGGAGGAGGGUUCUUCUAGUGUCGAGGUUUCUGUUCCAACGGUGAAUGGAAGGAAAGUGAUGGAGAUAACAGUGGACUCGUGGUUAUUGGAAAAGGUGGCGAGUUUGAAGGAGAAGAUAGCCAAGAUGAUGCAAAUGCAAGCUAAGGAACUGAAGUUAAGGAGAAAAUCAGGAGGUGUUUUAAAGGAGGACAAGUCACUUGCAGAUAACAACGUUGAAGCAGGAGAAAUGUUAACAGCGACUUGGCGCUUUUCAAGAUGGGAAGUGUCUGGGCGUUCGGGUACCCAUUCAAGUACGGAUCGGUUCUUUCAGGUAUUGGGGUUUUCGGGUUUGAAAAUUAAAACCCAUUCGGGUAUUAUAAAAUUUCAGAUCAGGUUCGAGUCGGGUCUUUCCAGGUUCGGGUGGGUUCGGUUCUGAUGUAAAGGAACAUGAAAAUAACCGAAUAACCAAUGUAUCUGUAACGGGUUCAGAUAAUAGUACCCAAAAUAACCAUAUUAUCCGAAUUGGUUCGGGUAUUUUGUAUCCAAAGUAUUUCGAUGUACCAAAAAAUAACCAAAAAUACUCAUUUGACACAGUUUUGUUUAUGUACUUAUAUCCGAACUACAAUAUUUUAUCCGAAAAUACACGAAA